AAAGUAGCCUAGAAUAUAACCUGCGUCAAAGCACAGGAGAAAAGACUCACAGGACGAUAAAUCUAAACGGUGUUUUGCUCUUCACUGAUCUCUCUUUUAACAACAUAGACGUGCUGACAAGAUUGAAGAGUUUGUCUGAAUAAACAUCUGAGCGAUCUGGUGAAGAAGUGCAGUGGCUGGUGUCACGUCGUUGUUAAUAAAUAGGCCUACUGAAGGAAUAAGGAAGAACACAACUACAGAAGCAACCAGUUCCAGGUGGCUGAGCUGCUCAACACAAUAGAUGAUGGAAAACAAAGGAAGCAAUACCAGCAAUGAUGCUCAAAACAGCGUCUCUAAGAACAUGUGGAUCAAGUUGACAGGCCCUGCAGCACAAUCCCUUGCAAAAGCUUUCUUAGGGCAAGCUCUCCUACUUCUGCAGGAAAACAAGGGAGCGAAAAGAGGAGCAGAAGAAGAAGACGCCACGAUAAUGGUAACACCUCUGGGACAAGAGGCUGAAAACAAAGUUCUGGAAGUCACUGGAAGAGGAGGAACAACAGCAAGAGUUACAACAGUGUCAGUGUCACCAACAAGGAUUGUCAUCGCCGGAACAGCCCAAGCUGAGAAAAGCAUCAAAGUGCUAAAAGUAUACAGGAUCGUCCUGCUGGGCAACACUGGAGCUGGGAAAAGCAGCCUAGCAAACACUAUAUUUGGAGAGGACGUGUUCAAGAGAGAGAAUCCCCCCUUCUGUGGAACAAGCGAAUGCCGAGCAGAGUCCAAAUCUGUUCAUGGAAGAAGAAUUACUUUGAUCGACACUCCCGGUUUCUUUGACACACACAGACCUGAGGAGGACAUGAAGCGUCAGAUAGUGAGCUGGAUCACAGAGUGCACUCCUGGGCCUCAUGCUUUUUUCAUUGUGCUUCAAGUAGCUAACUCAGAGCAGGACAGGCUUGUCACUAAAAUAAUUAAAUAUUUUCCUACAGAAGCUUUCAAAUAUGCUGUAGUUGUCUUCACACAUGGUAACCAGCUCCCUGAAGGAAUGAAAAUUGAGGAGUUUGUCAGUAAGAAUAAGAAUCUGAGCGAUCUGGUGAAGAAGUGUGGUGGUCGGUGCCAUGUCGUUGACAAUGUAGUCUGGAAGAACAACCAACAGGAUGAAUACAGGAAAAACAACAUCCAGGUGGCAGAGCUGCUCAACACAACAGACAAGAUAGUGAUGGAAAACAAACGAAGCUGCUACACCAAUAAGAUGCUACAAGCAGUGAAUAGAGAAAUAAAGGAAGGGGGCAACACAACAUCAGUGGGAAACACAGCUAUCAAUAAGUUAACCAUCUCUAAGAAUGUGUGGAUUAAAUUAACAGGCCCUGCAGCAGAAUCAUUGGCAAAAGCUUUCUGUGGGCCAGCUGCCGUAGUUUUGCAGGAAAAAGGAGAACAUGAAGAUGAAGGAAAAGGAGAUGUAGAGGAAGAAGAAACUAAAACCAAAGGAGAAGAAGUUGGAGAAGCUGUAACAGAGGGGAAAAAAGUACCAGACACAGAAAAAGAAGGAGAAGGAGGAGCAGGAAGUGGUGCAGGUUCAGUAGGAACAACAGAUAAGUUAAGAGAUUUUUUACAGGCCUCGUCACAACACGUUGGAAUCAUACUGCUGGUGGUUGUUUUCUACUCAUUGCUACUAUUAUCAUUUUUUGUCCAGGUUCCAAUCGUAGUUACCCUGUUCAUAUUAUUGCUACUGGUUCUGUUGUUAUUGGUAUUAUAGAAGGUUUGUAACUAUACGAUUUGCCCAAUUAAGUGUUGGAGCACCACCACACCAAUUUGUACAUUCACUAAGUAAUUGUGAGUUUUAUUUUUUUAUGAAGCAGACUAAUCACAAAUUUUUGAGGGGUCCAUGAACAUUCAGCUACAGAGAUCUGCACAUAGUCACUGUAAGACCCCGGUGUAGACCCAAUGUCAACUUUUUGCCUGGGUUUCCAAAUUUUCCCUUUGCUGUUUGUGUGUAUUUUGUUUGAGUAUUAUUAGGGAGCAUGGAAAUUCUUUUUUCUGUAUUAAUGAAAUAUUGUUGAUGAUUAAUGAAGGGUAGAGGAGAUAGUGCCAUACACCAAAGGUUUAUUGAAUUUGUUUAAUGAAAUGACAAUCCUAAAUUUGUGUAUCAAGACCUUGUGACGUGUGAGAAGAUGCUUUUUUAUAUAUUUUAAUCUUGUAAUCCUUUGCAUUCUGAAAUGUUUACAUCAUAUGUAACAAGCAAUUAGUAGUUUUGAACCCCAAAGACCAAAAAACUCUGCUUGCUUAGCAAUAUAGUUAAGUCAUACUGUAGACCUAAACAAAUAAAUUCUUUGAGUCUUAAAGGUC